CCGCCCCGGCCCGGCCCGGCCCCGCCCCGGCCUGGGGCGGAAGCGCGGGGAUGGAGCCGCCGGCCAUGGAGGGGCCGCUGCUGGUGCAGCACAGCCACAAGUUCGGCGCCAAGCGCUGGAAGCGCGGCUGGUCCGCGCUGUACCCCGCCAGCCAGCACGGCGUCGCCCGCCUCGAGGUGUUCGACUGCAAGGAGCCGGCGGCGGCCGGGCGGGCGGGCACCCGGCGGCUCGCCCGCACCGUCGUGCGCCUGAGCGACUGCACCAGCGUGGCCGCGGUGGGCGAGGGCGGCCCCCGCGCCGGCACCGCCGCCUUCCGCCUGGACACCCGCGACCGGACCUUCCUCUUCGCGGCCGAGAAGCAGCAGAGCGAGGAGUGGGUGGCGAAGCUGUGCCAGAUCGCCUUCGCGGGAAGCGGCUCCAGCGAUGCUGGCAUGGUGGCACAGCAUGGCAGAGAGGGCAGCGAGGAGGUGCCGGCCCUGGAGAUGGCCGUGAACUCCAUCUACUACUCGAGAGACGAAGUGAACGCCUUCUGGGUGACGGUGCAGCGGACCGAGGCCGCGGAGCGCUGUGAGCUGCGCGGCACCUACGUGCUCAAGGCCGAGCGGGACAGCCUCGUCCUGAAGGACCCACGGACAAACCAGAUCCUCUACGUCUGGCCCUACCGGCUGCUCCGCAGAUACGGCCGGGACAAGGUGAUGUUCUCCUUCGAAGCUGGCAGGCGCUGUGACUCAGGGCCUGGAAAUUUCACCUUUGAGACCACGCAGGGCAAUGAGAUCUUCCGCCUUGUGGAAGCCUCCAUCCAGGAGCAGAAAGCACAAGUGGAGGAGAACCGGCAGAGCUGCGACUCUCUGGAUGCAGACAGCCCCAGCGUGGUGCAGAUCCGCCAGGCCCUGGCUGAUUGCCUGAGCCUGGAGCUGCCCGCCGAGGGGAGCGAUACCCCGGCACCCAAAGCGGGGAUGGCGCCCAGGGCCAGUGCAGUGGCAGAGGAGAGAGACGCCACAUCUCUGCUGAAGACCCGGAUUCUGCCAGAGCUGCCUGUGCCACAGAGCAAGCCCCCAGCCCCCAGCACCCCCCCGCGCUCCCCUCUGCCGAAGGCGCUCCGUGCCGUGCUGCCAGCCGAGGACCCGGCCAGUGUGUACUCGGAGCCCCUGGACUCAGUGAAGGGGCUCCGGCCCUGGCCGGACCCGCUGUACUCGGACCCUGUGGACAGCAAGCCCAUGAGCGGGGCCAAGGCACCCAGCGGGGCCUCGGAUGAGACGAAGCUUCGGCUGCUGGUGCCGCCGUACUCGGGCGCCUACAAGCAGGUCCGUGCUGAGGGUCGCAGCCAGGCCCCGCCCGGGCAGAAGGAGCACAUCUACGACGAGCCCGAGGGUCGUGCUCCCCGCCCGCUGCCCCCCCCCGCCUGCAUCUAUGACGAGGCGCGGCCCACGGGCAAGGCCUGGCGCACCCAGGGCCACGACGGCAAGGGCGGCUACGAGUACCCCUACAACCCCAGCACGGAUGACUACUCGGUACCUGCCUUCCAGGCCAAGGCCAAGGGCUCCAGGCCAGUCCCUGCCCCCAAGCCCCAGGCACCCUUUAUCUCCAAAGGUGUGGAGAGGAUCGAGGACCCCGGGAGGUGGUGGGGAAGUGCUGCUGCUGAGAAGGAGGUCACCAAACCCAGCCUCAACAGCAGCAACAACAACAAUGUGGAGGUGCUGUACAGCCAGGUGGUGAAGCCCCAGCACCUGCAGAAGAAGGAGCAGUCUGUGGAUGAGUGCAGCUUGUCGCCUGUCUAUGAGGACUUAGGAGAGAUAUAGGGUGCUGCUGCUCUGUAUCUGCCUGGAGGAGACUUGGUGUCCCAGUGCUGUGCUCCUCCAUGGGUCUGGGGUGGGGCUUAGGGGUGGGGACUGUUUGGGCUCAGGCAGAGCCCCUCUUGCUCACCAGCGCUGAGGGGCUGCCUUUCCCUGGAGUGAAACAGCAAGAGAGCUGUGGCUGGCACAGGUGCCAGGGUGCUUCUGCUCUGGGGCUGGCUCUGCUGCUGCCUCCUGAUCGCAGGAAGCCUGGCUGUGUUGUCCUGUAGCUGUUGCUCUGGCUCUGCUCUGGCUUCCCCUCUGACCAGGCUGCAGGGCUCGGAUGCCCAUUGUGGUGCGUGGAAGACUGCUUGCCAUCAGUCUUCAAAAGUAUUUUUAUACGAAAUUAUUUUAAUAUUAAAGUCUGUAUGUCUCAGAA